CUACAGAAAGAGGUGCUGGAUAUCAUAGUAGUGUAAGUUAAGGCUCAAUAGUACAAGAAUAAUUCAUGUCAGUCAGUCUCAGUCUACAAAUCUGUCAUUUCUCAUCGUUUCCUUCUUAAUAUAUAAUAUUCUUGGGAGAAAUGCAGGUCAGAUCAAGAAGUGAACAAUAGUGAGCAAAGAAUAGGCUUGAAGAGGUCUAAGAAGUAAGGACUCGAGCGGCCAGUGCAAGUGGCGCCGGGUCUGGUGCGCGUGAUCUGUCGACUGGUCCGCUCCAUUUGGGUCGCAUUCCUGUUGGCCUGCUGCAGCUAUUGAAACUGGGAGAUGAUACCAGAGAGCCAACUUAUGUUUGGGACGAGUAUGAAAACAGAUUUAUUGAAAAUAUCGAUGAGAAGCAGCUUUUGAAGAUGGG